AUGGCACGUUCGUGGAAGUUUUCGAUCAUCGGUUUAGUGUACGUGACUUUUGUAAGCUGUUCGAACGAUAUUUAUCCUGACAACUCAGUGGAAAUUGAAUGUCCAGACGACGAAGCCCCCACGGCGGCCUCGUCAAGUAAGCCUUCUUCUGAAGGGACCUCGGAAGCACCUUCACUAGCAUAUCCAGAAUAUGAAGAUAAGGAAUGUGAAGAAGAGAACACAGCCAGUCAAACCACGACUGAGCCACCACCGGAAUCCGAUAAAGAUGGCAAACGCGAUAAUGUUGACACUACUGACGAAGAUUCGGAGUCAUCUCCUACGAAAGAAUAUGAAGAUUCAGAUAGUUAUACAGAAGGUUCAUCCGAAUCACCAGACGAUUACGGAAAUUUAACGGACGAAAUUAAUCAGGACAAAAAUGUUACCGCAAGUGAGCUCACGGCCGAAGAUACAGCAGGCAAUCGAACCGAUAGCGAUAGUGGAGAAGACACAGACGACUCUCAAAUCACUGACGACAUCGAUGAAGCUGAUGCUGAAGUAAACGGAACGGCAACGGGCGGUGGCGAAGAGUGGGAUUUACAGAACACCUACUAUAAGGUGGACGAAAUAAUCAACAAAGCUGGGGCGUACGAUUUUCUCAAAAGCGAGAUCUUGCAAACAUUCAUUCGGAACGAUAUCCAGAAUCACCUCAUAAACCCGGUAAUCCGGGGAAUUCUUUAUGCGCCUUACUUCUCCAAGAUCGAAAAGUGCUUCGACACGGUGCAUGAGGAUGCAAAGGCGGUGACAUUGGCGUCUGAAAAAACGUUCGCCACCUGUCGAGAAGACUAUGAUAAGAACUACUGUGCUAGUCGAAGCUCCGAAGAGGCCGGUGUAAAGUAUAAGGAAAUUUCCGACAAAAUAGUGCAAUGUGUGAAGGAUACCGGCACGCUCUGGACGCCAAGCUGAAUGUAAACAUGCGUAUUUGAAGCAGUGUUUGAAUAGAAUUUUUCAUGGGUUUUCAAAUGAAUUUUCCCUUGGUUUACCUAAUAACUGAAUCAACCAUAAACAUUAGACCGCUGCAAGCUUUGUAUGAAAAUUUCAAAUUUAUAAAUUUAAACACUUCUCAUAACUUA